AAGAGCAGAGGCCAAACUCGGGAUUUGACAAGAUGGCUGGGCUGCCCCGCAGGAUCAUCAAGGAAACCCAGCGUUUGCUGGCAGAACCAGUUCCUGGCAUUAAAGCAGAACCAGAUGAGACCAAUGCCCGUUAUUUUCAUGUGGUCAUUGCUGGCCCCCAGGAUUUCUCCUUUGAUGGAGGGACAUUUAAACUUGAACUAUUCCUUCCAGAAGACUACCCAAUGGCAGCACCUAAAGUACGUUUCAUGACCAAAAUUUAUCAUCCUAAUGUAGACAAGUUGGGAAGAAUAUGUUUAGAUAUUUUGAAAGAUAAGUGGUCCCCAGCACUGCAGAUCUGCACAGUUCUGCUAUCCAUCCAGGCUUUGUUAAGUGCUCCUAAUCCAGAUGAUCCAUUAGCAGAUGAUGUAGCCGAGCAGUGGAAGACCAACGAAGCCCAGGCCAUAGAAACAGUGAGAGCAUGGACUAGGCUAUAUGCCAUGAACAAUAUUUAAGUCGAUCAGAUCAUCAAGUGUACACCACUUCUCCUGUUCUGCCAAGACUUCUUCCUUUUUUUGUUUGCAUCUAAUGGACACAGUCUUAGAAACAUUACAGAAUAAAAGCCC